AUGGCUCAAGUAGCGGAUCACCCGCUUCCUCCGACCCCUCCUCCUGCUAUCUACUCUCCUCCCUUGCGAUCAGAUAGUCCUCGAAUCAUCGAACCUCGGGAAGAGCGAGGAAAUGGCAGACCACAGCAUGACCAACGCAAGCUGAGCCAUUCUUCAACAUCCUUGUUUCCAUCGGACGCCAGGCCUACGGACGACGUCUAUGCCCUUGCAGAUGCCGCUGCUGAAGUACAAAUACACCCUCCUGAAACCGCUGCGUCAAGAACGGUUGAUCCAGUGGCGUCCAACAGAACCCUGACUCCUCAGCCUUCUCUGCAGUUCGACCCGAAUCGGCUCUCACCCAGUCCCCAUGCCAUGCGAAAAAGACUUGGUGGUUACGAGCUUGCUGGUGGUGAUCACCGGAGAGUGUCAUCAGAGAACUUUCCUCAGAGCGCAGUUGAGUUGUCUCCCCUCCCGAAGAGAUCCAUGCGCCACGCCUCGACCUCGGACAUCGCCCCAGAAACCCCGGCCGAGUCUUUCGAACCCCUGCGCUAUCACCAUCAGUUGAUGGAGGAGGCUGAGGUCGCCGCCCUGGACAAGCGAGCCUCAAGGCUCACGAUUGGAACUACCGGGUCUGGUGACAGUGCUCGGAAUAGCACCUAUGGGCUAAACACGCGGCGACCUGAUUCGGGUUUCUCAAGCACUUCAGAUUUUCGAGGCCGGACAAACUCCCCUCGCGUCUCUCACGUUGGACGGCCAGUGUCAAGAGGUUCAAGGUCUCCCGACACCAGACCCUUGUCUUAUGUCGAUCUCUUGAACGUGCCAUACCCGCAACCUGCGCCCAGCGGAGCGGAACAUUUGGUCAACUCAGGUCUGCGGACAGUAGUCGGAAAUAAUGCCAACUUAUUGUCCACCCGCAAAACUCUGGAAAUGUACCGUGCAAAUGUCAAGAAAACGCAAGAUCCAGCUGUACAGUAUGAAUUUGCAGUCUUCAUGAUCAGUGCGGCGCAGGAGGAGGGUCUAGAGUCCGACGCGGUAUCCGAUGCUGCGGUCUCGGAGAAAUCACAUACGUCGGUCAGGGAAGAUCUUUUGAAGGAGGCCAAGCACAUUCUUCAGAAAUUGUCGGAUCGAUCAUAUCCGUUUGCUCAGUACUACCUAGCAGACGGGUACGCUUCGGGGCUGUUCAACAAAGGCAAAGAAGACUGGGAACAUGCGUUUCCUCUAUUCUUGGCCGCGUCAAAACAUGGCCAUGCCGAGGCGGGGUACCGGACUGCCUUGUGCUACGAGUUUGGCUGGGGUUCACGGGUGGAUGCAGCGAAGGCCGUGCAAUUCUAUCAGCACGCCGCAAGCAAAAACCACCCCGGCGCCAUGCUCCGACUAGGACGAGCUUGCCUAACUGGUGACAUGGGGUUGACCAAGAGAUACCGCGAGGGUGUGCGAUGGCUCAAGCGUGCUGCAGAGUCUGCUGACUUCCAGUACAACCAAGCUCCUUUUGACCUGGGCUGUUUGCAUGAGACUGGUUUCGGACCCGACGUCUUCAAAGACGAAACCUACGCUGCUCAACUUUACACCAAAGCAGCUGACUUGGGUCACGUCGAAGCAAAUUACAGACUCGGUGAAGCGUACGAAUAUGGUCAACUGGGUUGUCCGAAGGAUCCAGCUCUCAGCAUUCAUUUCUACACCGGAGCCGCCGAACGUGGCCAUGCAUUGUCACAGAUGGCGCUAUGUGCGUGGUACAUGGUGGGAGUCCCCAACGUCCUGGACAAAGACGAAGCAGAAGCAUACGAAUGGGCCAAGAAAGCAGCCGAGCAGGGCCUUGCGAAAGCUCAAUACACCGUGGGCUAUUUUACCGAAAUGGGGAUUGGGUGUCGUCGUGAUCCGCUAGAGGCCAACGUCUGGUACGUCCGGGCAGCGGAUCAAGGCGAAGAAAGAGCCAAGCACCGCAUCGCCGCGAUCAGAGCUGCAGGGGCGGGAGCGGAUCCCCUCACGGCAGCGUCGACAGGAAAGAAGGGAGCGUUGACCACGAGCAACAGUGCCGGUAAUAUUGGACCUCAGGCUCAAGGCGAGAAGAAGAAAAAGUUCGGGAUCUUCUAG